AGCACGUAGCGUUCCAGCUCGUCAAGAGUAGCAACAGAUGCCGCGGCAAGCGGAGCGACCAAAGAGCGAUGGACCGCGCCCUUCGGGCUUUGGGCAUCCCAGACUUCAAGGUACCCAGCCCGACGGCGCGCGACCCGAUCAAGCCAUCAUGUGGCCGACGCGCGUAUACGAACAACCAGGGCGGGCGUUGUGCGCGGCUCGGGCAUCUCGGGAGGCGACGCCUUUAGAUCCUGUCCCGAUAUGGCUGCUAUGCCCGAAGGGC